CUUUGGACUUCUCCCCUGUCUCCCUCCCUGUGUAGUGAACAGGGGGGAGAGAGUCAUAAAACAAGCCUGAAACAGCGACAGUGACAGCGUGCAGCUCCGGCGCCUGUGCGCUAUCCUCCCUCUCACUCACCGCCAACAUCCACACCAAUGCACGCAAUCACCCAUCUCCCCAUGAGACGACAUCCCCACGCAGCGUUGUUUUCCAGGUUUCUUUUCUAGCGGGUCUCUCGUCUCUCGUCUACUUUGAUCCUGGACAAAGCGACAGAUAAUACACCAUCAAGCUUCUGCAACGAGUUUUAAUUUUUCGAACCCCAUCUGAAUGACGGGCGGACGGUUUGACUUCGACGAUGGCGGCACAUAUUGCGGUGGUUGGGAGGAUGGAAAAGCCCACGGACACGGUAUCUGCACGGGCCCCAAGGGCCAGGGCGAAUACUCCGGGUCCUGGUCUAACGGCUUCGAGGUAGUUGGCGUGUACACCUGGCCAAGUGGAAAUACGUAUCAGGGCUACUGGGCGCAAGGGAAACGCCACGGGCUCGGCGUUGAGUCGAAAGGGAGGUGGCUCUAUCGUGGAGAGUGGGCUCACGGAUUUAAGGGGCGAUAUGGGGUCCGACAAAGCCUCAAUACACCUGCUAGAUAUGAGGGCACAUGGAGUAAUGGUCUGCAAGAUGGAUAUGGGGUUGAGACCUAUGGUGAUGGUGGCACGUUCCAGGGCCAGUGGAUGGGCGGCAUGCGCCACGGCUAUGGCGUGCGGCAGAGCGUCCCCUACGGCAUGGCCACGGUGAUCCGCUCGCCGCUGCGCACGUCCCUGGCCUCGUUGCGCAGCGAGCAGAGCAACGGCUCCGUGCUCCACGACCACCUGUCGGACAGCCCGGCGGGCACGCGUGGCGGCUUCGUGCUCAACUUCCACAGCGACAGCGAGCUGGGCUCCAGCAAGAAGAAGGGCCUGUUCCGCCGCGGCUCGCUCUUCGGCAGCCUGAAGCAGCUGCGCAAGUCCGACUCGCGCUCGUCCAUCUCCAGCAAGCGCAGCUCGGCGCGCAGCGACGCCACCAUGAGCCGCAUCAGCUCCAGCGACGCCAACUCCACCAUCAGCUUCGGCGACGGCGACAUGCCCGACGAAUACCUGCCGGCCGAGGACAACGUGGACGCCACCACCACCGAGGCCUACAUGGGUGAGUGGAAGAACGACAAGCGCAACGGCUUUGGUGUCAGUGAGCGCACCAACGGCAUGAAGUACGAGGGGGAGUGGACGAACAACAAGCGCCACGGCUACGGGUGCACGAUAUUCCCCGACGGCACCAAGGAGGAAGGGAAGUACAAAAAUAACGUUCUGGUGCGGGGCAUCAAGAAGCAGCUCAUUCAACUGAAAAACACCAAGACGAGGCAGAAGGUUGACCGCGCUGUGGAGGGAGCUGUCCGUGCAGCCGCCAUUGCCAGGACUAAAGUGGAAAUAGCCACCUCAAGGACGGCACACGCCAGGGCCAAGGCAGAGGUUGCUGACCAGUCUGCUUUGUCGGCCAGCCAGGAUGGAGACAUCGCCCGGGCAGUGGCUCGAGAGCUGUCUCCCAACUUCCAUCAGCCAGGCCCCGACUACAUCAAACAGAGGUUUAAUGAGCCACUGGACAUUAAAGAAGUCCCAGAGGUGAAGAAGGAGAAGUCAGAAAGCCCGCACUUCUACCGCAAAGGGACGACCCCCACCCACACCCCCACUCAGAGCCCGGGGCCCACGCCUCCCCCCUCCCCGCCCCCCGUCAAAAAGAAGCCCUUUUUCAGCCGAAAACAAGACAAUAAGUCGCCCGCUCCGGAGAGCAUUGUCACGGGCAUCACAAAGGCCGCCUCCAAGAUAUCACUAAAACAGGAAACCAGGCAGGAAGUGGUUCCGCCACCCAAGCCUGCCAAGUUGCCAUUGCCGGUCGCCAACACCUACUCCAGUCCCGGCAAUGGCGAGCUGCUCUCGGAGUACCACGGUUACAAAGUCAAGGCCGAUGUGAUGAUCCCACGAGACCCUUCAGAGGAUGAGAUGGAGAUCGUGGAGACCCAUGUGGAGCUAGAGAAAGCACCACCCCCUGCAAAGCAAUACAGAGCACCUACCCCUAAACCCACGCUUGUCAAAGAGAGCAAACCUGAGCCAAAACUCAAGAAGCAGGAGUCCUUGAGGCCAAAGAGUCUAUCAGAAAGCAAGAAAGCCAGCAUGGAGAUUACCACCGACAUUGCUGAACAAGAAUCCGGUCCUAACUCAAUUCUGGUCAUCCUUGUGAUGCUUAUUAAUAUCGGUCUAGCUAUUAUUUUCGUCCAUUUCCUCACUUGACAGAAGAUCAAACAGGCGAGAGGAUGUGCUGUUGUUUGACAUGGAGGCAGUAGAGGAGGAUUUCAGGGGCAGUAACAGCAAGGUGGCGUAUUUUACAGAGGGUUGCUCUGACUGCCGCAGUAUGUGAAAGUGGACGGGAAAGGCCAGAGGAGUGACCCAGAAGGGGAAAUGGCAACAAGAAUGUUUUUUUUUUCAAAUGUAGAACUCUUUUUUUUUUCUUCAAGGUGAAGGCUUUUAAGUUUUUUUAUGUGGGAAUUUUGUGGGUGCAACAUCCUUCUGUGGAUAUGUACAUGGUUAUUGGUUUAAGUGUACCCCACUUGCCCUCCACAAUGGGAUAUUGUUAUUGAAAGGUAAAUUGCCCUUUUUGGUAAUAUUUAUGUGCCAAUAAACAAAUGUGUCAUGUUUCUAGCAAUUUUUACACACCAUAAAUGAACUUGUUUGGGUAUUUUUCUAAACAGUCAACUCUGAUUGUAUGCCAUAACAAAGUUGAUGUAACUUCUAUUACACAAAAUGAAUUUGUUACUGAUGCGGUCAAAACCUUGAACUGUGGAUGUGAUUGUACUGUUUCAAUCAUUGAGAAAACAAUGAGAAUGUGUUGAUAAAAGUUUUGAUACACACAACCCCUCAAGCUUUGAUUAAUACUCUUGUGACUGUAUUUUUUUCUGGAUAUUGCUUCUGUUAAGUUAUAAUUAAAAAAAAUGUGAUUUUA